AUGGGUGUCGUCAAGGGAGGUGUUUGGACCAACAUCGAGGAUGAAAUCCUAAAGGCCUCCGUCUCCAAAUACGGCCUGAACCAGUGGGCGCGUGUCUCGUCGCUGCUCGCGCGCAAGACCCCGAAGCAGUGCAAGGCAAGAUGGAACGAGUGGCUGGACCCGAGCAUCAAAAAGACCGAGUGGAGCAAGGAGGAAGAUGAGAAACUCCUCCACCUCGCCAAGCUCAUGCCGACGCAGUGGCGCACCAUUGCACCUGCCGUCGGACGAACCGCCAACCAAUGUCUCGAGCGAUACCAGAAGCUCCUUGACGAAGCCGAAGCCAGAGAGGCUGGUCAGUUCGGCCUCACCGGCAUAGAAGGUGGUGAGGCAUCGGCUCCCAGCGCCGACGAUGUCAGAAGAUUACGCCCCGGCGAAGUCGACCCGGACCCCGAAAGCAAGCCUGCGCGACCCGACACGAUCGAUCUCGACGAAGAUGAAAAGGAAAUGCUGAGCGAAGCUAGAGCGCGUCUCGCAAACACGCAAGGAAAGAAAGCAAAGAGAAAGGCCAGAGAACGUCAGCAGGAGGAGUCGCGCCGGUUGGCCGCCCUCCAGAAGCGGCGUGAGCUCAAGACGGCCGGCAUCAACAUCAAGGUUGUUACGCGCAAGAAGGGCCAGAUGGACUACAACGCCGACAUCCCUUUCGAGAAGAAGGCCGCUCCGGGUUUCUACGAUACUGCUGAAGAGCAAGUUCGCAACGAGCACCAGCGCGAGGCUUUCGACCCUAGAAAACAACAACUUGCAAGCAAGCGCAAGGGCGAUGGCGACGACGAUGGCGAGAGCAAGAGAAGGAAGAAGGAAAAAGAGGCGCCUUCAGCAUCAUUCCAGGCCGCCGUGAAGGCCGGCCAAAUGCAGAAGAUCCGAGAGGCUGAGCAAAGCAGCAAGAGAAGAGCACUGAACCUACCAGCUCCUCAGGUGAGCGAGGGUGAGUUGGAGGAAAUCGUCAAGAUGGGCAUGAUGGGCGAGAGGGCAAGCAUGAUGGCACGCGAAAGCGAGAACGAUGCGACCCGCGGCCUGAUCAGCGAGUACUCGACCCUGAACAAUAACGCACCAAUCCGAACCCCUCGAGCCCCUGCGCAAGAAGAUCACAUUGCCAACGAAAUCCGGAACAUCAGAGCCUUGACAAACACUCAGUCUUCACUACUGGGUGGGGAGAAUACCCCUCUUCACGAAGGAUCUGAGUCGACUGGAUUUGACGGUGUUGCGCCUCGCAAGCAAGUCGUCGCAACACCGAACCCCCUGGCGACUCCGAUGCAUGCAAACGGCGUUGGCCAGACUCCCGCACGCGUUGGACAGACCCCAAUGAGGACACCCCGCGACAGCUUUGCUCUGAACGCCGACGGCAGCCAGGCCCUUGUCUCUGCGACACCCCAAGAUGUCAGGAUGCGAGAAAUGGCGUUGCGCAGUCAGCUAAAGCAAGGACUGGCGUCUUUGCCCAAGCCCAAGGACACUGAGUGGGAGCUCGAGCUUCCUGAAGACCAAAGGGAGGCCGCUGCGAACGAGGACAUGUUGAUGGAAGACGCUGGUGAAAGGGAUCGCCGGGAACGCGAGUUUAAGGCAGCACAGGAGGCUCUGGAGGCUCGGAGGCGGACACAAGUCAUGCAGAGACACCUGCCCCGGCCAGUCAAGGUGGACGUGCCCGCCCUGUUGUCAAGUGCCGAAACCAUUCAGGAUACCGCCCAACUGCUUAUCGCUAGAGAAGCCGCUGCUCUGGUCGCCAACGAUGCGAUCAAGUACCCCUUGCCUGGCUCAAAAGUAAGCGGGGUUGCCCCUCGUUUGGACACCAUCGGCGACGAUGAGCUCGCCGAGGCACGUCUUCAGAUCCUGUCCGAGACAAAACCAAAGCCUUCCUUCGCCGAGAUCCAAGCGUCAUUUGAGGGCCGUAGCAAGAACUCUCUGCUGCUCGGCCUGGGAUGUUAUGGCGAUGACGAGGAAGAGGAGGAGGCAGCCAUGAAAGAAGCCUUCGAUUCUAUACAAGACUCAAUCGCGACUACCGCCGAGGAAGGUAUCAAGCUUGAGAAGAAAUUGGGCCUGCAUCUGGGUGGAUACCAGAAGCGACAGAAGAUGCUGAAAGACAAGAUUGGCGAGGCCGCUGAGGCCCUUGAGAAGGCGAACAACGCUCUCAGCGGUUUCAAGACGCUCGCUAUCUCGGAAGAGGUUGCUAUCCAACGACGUCUGGCGGCGUUGAGAGAAGAAGUCGGUUUCGUCAGCAAAAGAGAGCGCGAGGCACAAGAGCUGUAUCGCAAGACGAAGGAUGAGCUUGAUGCCCUGCGUGCCAACGGUGUCAACGGGCAUUACUGA